AUGGGGGACCUCUGUGUUCGUCCCCCCCGGUGCCGCGCUAACCGUCUGCCCGCAGAGGAGCUGCCGUGGGCCCGGGGCUCUGCCGAGAGGGCUAGCAACCGGCGAGUGCCGGACACGGAGGAUGAGUGGCCAGAGGAAAGCGUGGAUCGGAGUGCGGUGGAGCCCUACAGCCGAGUCCUCUCCCAUGGGGGCUACCACGGCGAGGGCUUCGGCGCCAUCCUGCUCUUUGCCGCCUGCCACCUCCCGGACAGCAGCAUCCCCCGGUACAGCUACGUCAUGGAGAACCUGCUCAGGUACAUCGUGGGCACUCUGGAGAGGAUGGUGGCCGACCGCUAUGUCCUGGUGUGCCUGAGCGGGGCGGCAGCGCGGGGGCAGAUCCCCUCCUUCAGCUGGAUGAAACGGUGCUACCGGGCUAUGGAUCAGCGGCUCCGGCGGAGUCUCCAGGCUGUGAUCAUCGUCCACCCCACCUGGUACAUCAAGGCACUCAUCACGCUCUCCCAGCCCUUUCUCAGCCCCACCUUCAGCGGCAAGGUCCGGUUUGCUGCCAGCCUGCGGGAGCUCUCCCGGCUCAUCCCGGUGGAUCCGGCACACAUCCCCGAGCCCGUCCGGCGGCUGGAGCCCAGCUGGGAUGGCAGCCGGGAUGUGACACGGUGA